GCGCAGAGCGACCCGCGGAUGUUUUUAAGUAGGCUGAGGUUACCUAGCAGUGAAAUCCCAUCCUUGUUUACCUCUCACAUACGGCCAGGUAGCAAUUGUUCCCAAUUCAACAAGUAAUCGGUUAGAUUUAAGCACUGUUAUAUAUUUUAUGAUCAAAACAAACGAUGUCAGCCAGCUGCGGGCGGAAUCCUCCGCCUUUCCCCGAUAAUGACGAUCAGGAGGCUGAAUUAGACAAUGGAGUCCUGGACAGCGACGAGGAUGAUGAUGAAGGGGAAGACAUAUUCACCGGGGCGAGUAGUAAACCGAUCACACCCACAUCCGCUCCCGAAGAGGCUGAUAUAUUCAGUGAGGAGGGGUCUUAUAUUCAUCACACCACUAAUGGUCUUCACUCGGAUGAAGAACUGGAGCUGUUCACUGAAGCCACUGUAGAACUGACGCUUACCAACACCACUAGUCAAGGCAGGAGAGAGAUUAUCGGCCCGACCGCAUCGGCAUGCAACACCGCACAUGUCCCUAAUUCCAUUCACAAACCCAGUAUUGUCAACAAGACCAUGGAGGAGCUGGAGGAGGACGAAAGCACAGACCAGUUUGAGCUGAACGUUGCGGUCACCAACCCAGAGAAAAUGGGUGAUGGCAUGAAUGCCUAUAUGUCCUACAAAGUGUCAACUCAGACGACACUGCCCAUGUUUCGUAAUAAGACGUUCUCUGUGCGCCGACGUUUCAGUGAUUUUCUGGGACUUUAUGAGAAGCUGUCUGCAAAGCAUUCCCUGCUAGGCUGCAUCAUCCCUUCCCCACCUCAGAAGAGCGUAGUGGGAAUGACUAAAGUAAAGGUGGGGAAGGAGGAUUCAUCCUCUGCUGAGUUUGUGGAGAAAAGACGAUCAGCGCUGGAGAGGUAUCUGCAGAGGGUAGUGGCCCAUCCAUCUCUACUGCAGGACCCUGAUGUUCGAGAAUUUUUAGAAAGAGACGAGUUGCCCAGGGCAGUUUAUACUCAGACUUUGAGUGGACCUGGUCUGUUAAAGAUGAUAAACAGAGCGUCAGAUGCAGUCAAUAAGAAGACCAUUAAAAUGAAUGAAUCAGAUAAUUGGUUUGAGAGUAAGCUGCAGGAAGUGGAGAAUGAGGAGCAAUUGCUGAGGAAACUCCACACUGCUGUUGACUCUUUAGUUAACCACAGGAAAGAGUUGUGCAGUAACACAGCGGUGUUCAGUAAGAGUGUGGCGAUGCUGGGCAGUGUGGAGGAGAACUCUGCGCUGUCUCGUGCGCUGUCACAGCUGGCAGAGGUGCAGGAUAAGAUGGAGCAGCUGCACCAUCAACAGGCAUUCAGUGAUUUCUUCAUCCUAGCAGAGUUGCUGGCCGACUACGUCAGACUGCUGGGAGCCGUGAGGUGCUGUUUCGAGCAAAGGAUGAAGGCAUGGCAGCGUCUGCAGGAAGCUCAGAGCACACUUCAGAGGAAACGUGAGGCUGAGGCCAAACUGCUGUGGGCAAACAAACCUGACAAGCUUCAGCAGGCUAAAGAUGACAUAAAUGAGUGGGAGUCUAAAGUCAGUCAGUACGAGAGAGAUUUUGAAAGAGUCACCUGUACUGUGCGUAAAGAGGUGCUCAGGUUUGACAAAGAGAAAACCAGAGAUUUUAAACAGCACAUUGUGAAAUACAUUGAAUCCCUACUUCACACACAGCAUCGGCUUGUAAAAUGCUGGGAGGCCUUCCUGCCUGAGGCUAAAGCCAUCGCCUGAUCAGACCUCAUACGCUCUUAAUCUUUGACCUUGAUAACAGACAAUCAACAUUUCUCUCUAACUUCCUUUUUGCUCUCUUCUUUGUCAGACAACAUGCAUCAAAAUAUCAUUCCAUGACAUUGAGUCCCUAGUGUAUGAUGGUAAUUCUGUGCAGUGGCUCCUUUCACUGUCGACAGCAAAAUGUUGAGUGUAAAAGUUAAAGGUCAAAGCAGAAACAGUGUGCGGAGUGCAGCAAAAAUAUUUUUUUACGUGUGCACGUAAGUAUGUGUGUUUAGUGUUAUUAUAAGGUUUUUAAUGGUGCUUAGCCUGUGUAUUGUUUUAGUAGACAUUAAACUGCCUUGGAGUCUCAUUCUGGUCUUGAAAUGGAUGUGAAAGCGGAUGAGACUAAAAAUUCAGAAUUUAUCAUUCAUUCAUUCCAGAUUUGCAGAAUUUACAUUUUAGAAACAGUACAAACACACAAGAUGUUUCCAGGGCCACCUUACCAAGUCUGAUAUUGCAAAACAUUUCAAAUAAAUGCAAAGUAUAGUACAGUGUGAGAAUUGAAUCGCAGAAUAAGAAGGUAAAAAUACUGUUUUGUAAUGUUACAUUCAGUUACAAUAUGUGUUUGUGGAAAAUGUCAACUUUUGCUUUUUGACUAAUAUUUGAUGUACUCAAACAUAUGCACUGAUCUGGACUAGUCCAGAUUGAAGUCCACUUAUAUGUGGACAAAACAUUUCUAUUAUAAUUCUAUAUCAACAAGUAAAAAAAACUGAAUUAAUUGCUUUGUAUAAAAUGUGUAUUGCAGACACUUAGCCUAUAACACUACACUACCUACAGAAACCAAUAUGGGUUGCUAAUUCUCAAAAAAAAAAUGUAUUUUGGUAACAUCCUUAGCAGAAACACGUGGAGUUCAAACUCUUUCUCUGACAAUAAAUACUCUUGAGCUGCUGUGCAAAUGUAUUGUAAGCGUCCAUUUUAACUAAUUAACAAGAUGUUAAUGGCCUGAUGUGCGUUUGUUUUCAACAGUUGUCAUGUCAACCAUUCUUUGCAUUUGAUGAAAAUAAAACACUGAAA